AUGAGUUACUUUCAUUACAGUUGCAAAUAUGAAACACUUCGAGAGAUUAUCUGUUCUUCUUAUACCCAUAGUCUGGUCUAUGGGUGUACAAGCUGAUGAUUACUAUAGCUCUUACUACGGAGGCUUGCUGAACUCCGAUGACGUUGCAGAAUAUACGUCGAACGGGACUUUAGCAAAUUGUACAAAUGUGGUUAGUCCCUGUGAUUCGACUGAAGGAAGGAGAAUUGAUGGAACGUGUAAUAACUUGAACUAUCCCAGUAAAGGCGCUACGAGAACUCCAUAUUUAAGAAUCCUAGAAGCUGUUUAUAAUCAUCCUUCAGAUACAGUAUUCGAUCCAAAAUUGUCGGAGGACGGUGAAGAAUUGACAGGAGCAAGAAUUGUAAGAACAAGAUUAGUGGCAGAUGGAAGGGUUGAAGAUGAUAUGUUCACUCACUGUGCCACGCACUUUGCUGUCUUCUUCGCUACAGACAUAACAAACACAAGAGACACGACUAACUACGUAUCUUGGAGGCCAUUCUGCUGUGAGGAAGCUGGUGCAUCAGAUCCGAUGUGUGCUCCUAACCUAGUUCCAGCCGAUGAUUACGUUCAUCGAUAUUCUGGGAUCAGGUGCUUGAAUAUGACCAGGCCACUCACAUUCCAGACUUCUGGAUGUCUUCCUAUGACCACCACACCUUUAAGGAUUGUAGAUGCCACCCCAUUAUGGGACUUAUCUCCAGUAUACGGGAAUACUGUGGAGCCCGGUCGAAGAUCGAAUGUUAAUGGAACUUUGGCGAUCGAAACCGUAAACGGAGUGGACUUCCCUCCAGCAUCUGGUGUUAAUUUACUACUAGGAGUAAAUUUCUUUGGCAUCAUCUUUUUCUGGAGAUUCCACAAUCACAUUGCUCGUAAGCUGCUGGAAGUCAACCAGCACUGGACCGACGAGCAGCUGUUCAACACUGCAAGGGAAAUCAAUAUUGCUAGCGGGAGCCAAAUCUUCUACUAUGAGUUAAUGGCUUUGUUGAUGGGUAAGCUUUUGAUGUUUGAUUUGAUGUUGCGUAAUCAAGCGAGGUAUGAAAUUUUUUUAAUAGGCACCAAAGCAACAAAAAACAACAAGAUCAUUAACUUAGGACUUGGUGGAUUACAAAGAUCGAACGACAUCAUGACGAACGAUCUAGCGAAGAAUCGACAUAGCGGCUUCCAAUCCUAUAUCAAAUACAGAGCCUAUUGUUUUGGAGACAAUAUCGCUUCCUUUGAUGAUCUAAAGGGUAUUAUUGAAAAAGAGAGAAUCGAGGCGUUAAAAGAUGUUUAUGCAAACGUUGCCGACAUAGAUUUGUUGGCUGGAGUUUGGGUGGAGAUCUUCAAAGAAGGAUCUCAUGUUCCGCCUACAUUCUACUGUAUAGUCAAAGAUCAGCUGCUUCAUAAUAUAAAGUCCGAUAGACAUUGGUAUGAGCGAGAAAAAAGACCUAAUGCUUUUACUGAGGCACAACUAGCUGAAAUACGGAAGGUAACUGGGGCUCGGAUACUAUGUGAUAUUGGUGAUUCGGUUACAGCAAUACAGCCUUCAGUCUUCAAGCUGCCAGGAGAAGGAAAUAAAAUUGUGGACUGCUCCGAAAUACCGGAUAUUGACUACACAGCCUGGUCAGAUAAUUAGAAAUUGUUAGCGGCACAUCACUUUUACGGAGAACACUUUUGUAUUCCAAUUGUACUUUCAACAAUGAAUAAAAAUUUAUUUGUAA